AUGAAACAAAUCUACUUUACAAUAUUUGUGUUUGUUGCAUUUACUUAUAGUGUUCAUUCUCAAGGAGUUCCAGGUGAUACUGAUACGAUUACUAAUGAGUGUCAAAAGAUUUCUGACUAUAUUGAAACAGGAACAGACUAUCUUAAUUACUCAGACGUGAAAGCUUGCUAUGAUUCAAUUCCAUUUAAUAAAACUAAGGCAGUCCAGACAAUAGAAACAAUAAAAGAGCUUUUAAAAGGAUUCUAUGCAUUUUUAGACCAAGCGAAGGAUGAACCAAAACCAGGGUAUACAUUUACGCCUAUUGAUUUAAUAACAGAAUUAGAUUUGUUCUUAAAUAGAGAUUAUUCAUAUGAAUAUGAAUUUGUGUAUGAUAUUGGAAAUCUCAUUGAUGAAUUAAGAGAUGGCCACACUACGUUCAUUUCUAAAAAUUUUUCAUAUUAUUUUUAUCAAGGAUUUUCUAUGUAUUCUGUUAUUAGACCAGAUGGAACACAGCAAAUUAAGGUUUUUGAUGACACAAUAGAUCCGAGCACUAUUGAUUGUCAAGUUACACAUAUAGAUGGUUUACCUGCGAUUGAUGUAAUUACUGAAUUCGCUCGUAAUAACCUAAGUUAUUCAAGAGAUUUAAAUGUCCGCUUUAAUACAGCCCUUGCAUCUCUUGGAUUUGGAAAUAGGGAUUUUAUCGUAUAUGGACAAGAUUUCUCACUUAGAACUAAAUUACCUACUGUUCCAACUAUUUCUUACACGCUUAAUUGUAGUGAUAAAAUUUUUAACAUUACUAGAGAGUGGAUAGUUCCAGCUACUAGUAGUACUGAAUUUUAUCCAAUAUUUACAAAAUAUAAAUCUUCAUAUAUUAAUGAAACUUCAGUUGGAAACGCAUCUUUAAUCUUUGAUGCAGUUUUCUCUAGAUUUUAUACAUUACAAGAUUUUGGUGUGGUUUUAAUGUCAACUGAAAGCACUGCAGAUUUAAAUGGUGACGAGACAGUUCGUUUUUUGUCCGAUAUAGUCGUUGGAUUUAAAUUAUUUGCUGAUAAAGGUAUAACAAAGAUCGUUCUUGAUUUCAGUAAUAAUCAUGGUGGGACAGUCAUUGUUACAGAUUAUAUCAUCAAACUUUUAUUUCCUAACAUUAAUAUUUUUCCAGAAGAUAUAAAAGUUACAGACGUAUCUACAGCCUUUAUAAACGAAAUUUCAAAUGCGAAUGCUGUUGGUAAUUUAUUUAAUUAUAGAUCAUAUACAUCAACAAUUACAAAUAAUUCAUUUAAUAAUGUCGAUGAAUUUAUUGGAAACAACACAUAUACGCGAGGUGGUGCUCAAGUUAAAUUUACUACUAAAGCAUUUAGAAAUGACUCAUUAGAUUUUCAAAUUCUUCCGGUUCCGCCAAAAUUUCCAUGGACUGAGGAAAACAUGGUUAUUCUAACAAAUGGUGCUUGUUUUUCAUCAUGCGCAAAUUUGGUUCAACGAUUAGCUGAAGCUAAUGUUCCGACUGUAUCUGUUGGUGGAUUUCCAAAUACUAAAUUUUCUUUUGCGAGUUGCUCUGGUGGAACAAUAAGAGACAGUGAUACUAUUAGAGAUACUCUAAGUCUUUACCCAAAUCUCAAUAAUUUAGCUUCCAGAUUAACUCUUUCUCAAGAUUUAACUUUAAGAUUUACUUGCGCUGAAGUAUACAGCAUUAAUAAUCCCGACGAAGUUAUGGAUUUUUCCUUUAGACAAGCAGAUUACCAAUUGUAUUAUGAUGAACAAAGUGCUAGAGACCCAAGUAGUUUAUGGUUACAGGCGGCACAAUACAUCAAGAAACAAUCCUAG